AUGGAUGAGCUCGGCCGGCGGAGGGGCGGCACGGCUGGGGGACCCACCAAGAUCAAUGUUUCCUUUUCCUGGAGCCUGGCCAGGGACGGGGAGGCCGUGGGGAUGCUGGGCAACGCGUUUAUGAAAGGCUUGGGCCUCUCAGAGCUGGUCCUGGGGUCCCUGGAGUACAAUGAGCUGCCCCACUACCCUGGCAUCGUGGAUGGCCCCGCAUCCCUGGCUGGCUUCUCCGAGGCGACGAGAGCCCCGGGACCCUACGGCUCCCACCGGCCUCCCCAGCCCCCACCCCCAGGCUUGGACAGCGAUAGCCUGAAGAGCGAGAAGGACGAGAUUUAUGGACACCCGCUCUUCCCCCUACUGGCCCUGGUCUUUGAGAAGUGUGAACUGGCCACAUUCUCGCCCCGUGAUGGGGCUGGGGCUGGGCUGGGCACACCCCCCGGCGGGGACGUCUGCUCAUCGGAUUCCUUCAACGAGGACAUUGCCGCCUUCGCCAAGCAGGUCCGCUCUGAGAGGCCCCUCUUCUCCGCCAACCCAGAGCUGGACAAUCUGAUGAUACAGGCCAUUCAGGUUCUCCGGUUCCACCUGCUGGAGUUGGAGAAGGUGCACGACCUGUGCGACAACUUCUGUCACCGCUACAUCACCUGCCUCAAGGGAAAGAUGCCCAUCGACCUGGUCAUUGAAGAUCGGGAUGUUGGCUGCAGGGAGGACCUGGAGGACUACCCAGCUUCCUGCCCCAGCCUGCCAGACCAGAAUAAUACAUGGAUUCCAGACCAUGAGGACAGUGGGUCUGUACAUUUGGGUACCCCGGGUCCAUCCAGUGGGGGCCUGGCCUCACAGAGUGCGGACAACUCCAGCGACCAAGGAGAUGGGCUGGAUACAAGCGUGGCCUCUCCCAGCUCUGGGGGAGAGGACGAGGAGUUGGACCAGGAGCGGCGGCGGAACAAGAAGAGGGGUAUCUUUCCCAAGGUGGCCACCAACAUCAUGAGAGCCUGGUUGUUCCAGCAUCUCUCGCACCCCUACCCCUCGGAGGAGCAGAAGAAACAGUUGGCACAAGACACAGGGCUCACUAUCCUGCAGGUCAACAACUGGUUCAUUAACGCCCGGAGACGGAUUGUACAGCCAAUGAUUGAUCAAUCCAACCGCACAGGGCAGGGUGCAGCCUUCAGCCCAGAAGGCCAGCCUGUGGGGGGCUACACAGAGACUCAGCCACAUAUGACCAGCAGGCUGUCAGGAUCGAUGGGAAUAAGUUUGAACUUAGAAGGAGAGUGGCAUUAUCUAUAG